GCCGGCGGCAGCGCGAGCGGUGGUUGUGCGGUGGGGAUGCCGGUGGGAACGGUGGCGGGCAGGGCUUGGCUGACGGUCCCGGACCGGGUCGCGGACGGGCGCACGGACUAGCGCUACAGGAAGGACAGAAGAUGGCGCAGUACGGGCAUGGGCAUGGGUAUGGAUACGGGGCGUACGGGACCGGGUCGAGAGACGGCACCCCGCCGCCGUCGCAGGCUGCUGCUGCUGCUGCUGCUGCUCCGGAGCGCGGGGCCAGGCGCAGGAAGCUGGCGGCCGUGGCGGGGAGUGUUUACCGAGCCGGCAUGGCGGCCGCGAGCGAGCUGAGAGAGCAGUAUAACAACUCGCGGAGUCGAGGAGUUGGAGGGGCGGAAUCGCAGGUCUCAAUCCCCGAGGCUUUUCCACUGGUGGAAAUCGUCACGAAAGGAGCGGAGCAGAUGGUGCUCUUCCCAACAUACGCGAAGAGGCAUGUAAGGGGUGCUGGGCCCGCGGGCAGGUUCCCGCCGGGCCAGUCAUUCCAGGUGGCCGGUGCUGCGCAGAUGGGCAUGACCGAGGAGGAGUACUGGAGGCAGGAGUGGGCGCGUGUUGAGGACGAGAAGGCGAUCGUGGACGUCGACGUCAGGGGAUGGAUCUACAUGCCGAGCAAGGGGCCGAUGACGCGGCGUAAUCGCAUGCUGCUUGGUCUCGCAAGGAAGCUUAGUGGGAUUCCGGCGCCGACGACAGCCCAGACGGAAACGGUGGCAAGCUCGCAUGAGCGGUACGAGGAGAUUAGGGAGGAGCAGAGGAUUGCGCGCGAGGCCCGGGAAAUCGAGAAGCGAGGGCAAGACGAGAAAGAGGUGGCCACGCGAGGAGGCUACAGCGAGUCUCCGAACGGCGCCAAGGCGGGUGAGCAUAGCCCCGUUUCACCGCCGCCGUCGCCGACCUUGUCCGGCAGGACGCCCUCCAUGUCACAGUCAGACAUGACCGACGCAGAGCUCGCCGUCGCCAACGCGAAUCUCAUGGCGCGCCUGGGACCGUUCAUGACCACGCCCUUGUCGCAGCUCCCCAUCACCCUCUUCUUCUACAACGACGAGCAGUCACGGUCUCACACAGUCGUCACGGAUGACUCGGGCCACUUCAGCGCUCGUGUCGCUCUCGACUUCGUGCCGACAGAGGUACGGGUGCUGGCCAACGAGAACAUCUCGACCACCAGGCCGGUCGAGGUCAUCGAGUCCAGGGGCGUCAGUCUCAUCAGCGACAUUGACGACACUAUCAAGCGGUCAAAUAUUUGGAUGGGCGCCCGCGAGAUCUUCAGGAACACGUUUGUGCGCGACCUGGCCGACCUCACCGUCGACGGUGUCAAGGAGUGGUACCGCAGGAUGGACGCGAUGGGCGUCAAGUUGCAUUUCUGUUCCAACAGCCCGUGGCAACUGUUCCCCGUCCUAGCCACGUUUUUCCGGACGGCCGGCCUGCCUCAAGGAUCGGUACAUCUGAAGCAGUACAGCGGCAUGCUACAGGGCAUCUUCGAGCCGGUGGCGGAAAGAAAGAAGGGAACGCUGGAGGCCAUCAUCCGGGAUUUUCCGCAGAGGAAGUUCCUGCUCGUUGGCGACAGCGGCGAGGCGGAUCUGGAGGUGUACACCGACCUCGUACUGGCCAAUCCCGGGCGGAUUCUGGCCGUCUUCAUACGCGACGUCACUACGCCUGACCCGACAGGGUUCUUCGACACAUCUUUCAGCGUCGACUCAGGACAACGCAGCAGACAGGAGAGCGCCAGGGCCAGGUUAGAGAACCCACAGUCCGGUGAUGAGCCCGAUAAGAGGCCGCAGCUCCCUCCUCGGGUUAUAGCUCCGCCUCCGCCUCCGCCUCCAAGGGGACCCAGAAUGGGAACGCUUAUAGACUUGGAUGGCGGAUCUGCGCCGGCCAGUCCCGUUCAGAGCAAUGAGGACGGCCCGAAAACCGACACGGCCGGCAUGCCACGCAAGCCACCACCACCUCGUCCGACCAAGCCUCCUGCGUUGCGGAGCUUCCCCUCGGACGUUGGCACCAUCCAUAGUCAAAAAGCAUCUUCUCCCUCGCUGUCCGAAACCAGCCACGGCGCAGUCUCCCAGCCAGACACGUCACGAAGCACGCCCUCAAGCAGUUCCAGGCCUGUCCCUCAUCCACCUCCACCUCCGCGGCGCCGUGGCACUGUCCCGCUGGCGUCACCGCAGCAGCACUUGCAGCAACAGCUACAGCAAGAGCGACAGCGGAGCGGCAGCGACAAUGGCAAUGCGGACAUUGCCGAAACAGAGCCGCUCCCGGCCACGGCUAGCACAUACUACCCUGCCAGAAGAGUAGCCACGGCGACGCCGCCGGCGAGCAAUGGCCCGGCAGCCACGGCAGCAGCCAACAAGAAAGUGGACUUGUGGCUGCGGCGGCUGGCGCGGGCGCACGAGAUCCUGGAUGCGCGCGGCGUCAAGCUGUACACCUGGCGGCGCGGAGACGAUGUGGUGGCUGAGGCGGAGGGGAUCGUCAGGGAGGCGCUGAGGGACAUGGAGGAGGGAGGAGGUCAGAAUAGGAAUAACGGAGAUAGGGUAUACAGGUAGAACCGAGUACUGUGUAGGGAUACUCGGGGGCUCGAACGAAGCGGGUGGACGAAUAUGCAACUGGCGGGUAACGCCCACACUUUACAUACGGGUAAUGAUUGUACUGCUGCAUGGAUACCUCCAUUAUAGACAGCAUGGGCCGUUAUAGAAGGAAAUUUCCAUCUGUUACAUGGGCGGAAAGUGAAAAAGGAGUGAGAAGGGCAAUACCUGACUUUUGCA